UGCUGCAGGACCUUUAGGACUUUCACCUGCUGUGUUUUCCAAAAAUCAGGUUUUCCAAGGACUUCAAUGUGUGGAAAUGAGCUGAAAAACUUCCCUUUCUUCUGUGUUUGUUAAUCUUUUAAGCUCUGGCACCAAUGAGUGGAUCUUUGUGAGAGGGCAGCAGUGGGCCCGCUGUGCUGGAUGUCUGUGACACUUCCAUGGGCCAGAAGGACCAUGUGGAGGCAGGAGCGGGACUCAUCCUCGACCUGGGGCUGGAUCUGGAGUACCUCCACGUAGCAGGGGCCGACCGGCAGGCUGGCGGCUCUGACGGGCCCCCUGCCAUGGAGGAGCAGGGGGAGAGCCCCGGCAUCUGCGGCACCACCACCAAUGACCCGGAGGAAAAUGCUGCGUCGGAUGCAGAGUGCGAGCCGGCGCCUUCUCCCAGCGACCCGGACGGAGGGUUAGCUCACGGUAAGAACACGCACCAGCCGCUCUGUCGGACCCAGUGUGUGGACUUGGGCACCGACGGUCCUCCUGAGCUCCCAUCAGAAGUUGAAGAUGAUACCCCCGCCCAGUCUUCACCCAGCUCCCCCUGUAAGCUCCCCCGACCUGAUCCUCCGUGCACCGCCUCCUCACCAGAGCCGGCACUGGAGGGCGGAGGGAAGGAGUACCAGGCCAAGCUGGAGUUCGCCCUGAAGCUGGGAUAUUCCGAGGAGACGGUGCGCCUGGUGCUGUCCAAGCUCGGCCCCGACACCCUCAUCAACGACAUCCUGGGAGAGCUGGUCAAACUGGGAACUAAGUCAGAGGGAGAGCAGCCGGCCGGAUCAUUAGCCUCCACCUCAUCUUCUUCAUCCUCUUCUUCCUCUUGCGGCUGUUCUGAUCUGCUGGAGAGCCAGAGGUCGGACUCGCCCUGUCCAUCAGAGUCUCUGGGCGACCAGGACAACCUGCGGCCCAUUGUGUUGGACGGCAGUAACGUAGCCAUGAGCCAUGGCAACAAGGAAGUGUUUUCCUGCCAAGGCAUCCAGCUGGCGGUUGAUUGGUUCCUCGAACGUGGCCAUCAUGACAUCACCGUGUUUGUGCCGGCGUGGAGGAAAGAGCAGUCCCGCCCCGACGCCCCCAUAACAGAUCAGGAGACCCUGCGGCGCCUGGAGAAGGAGAAGAUCCUGGUCUUCACUCCCUCUCGGCGCGUCCAAGGUCGGCGUGUGGUUUGCUAUGACGACCGCUUCAUCGUCAAGCUGGCCUAUGAGUCAGACGGCAUCAUCGUCUCCAACGACAACUACCGAGACCUGGCCAAUGAGAAGCCGGAGUGGAAGAAGUUCAUCGAUGAGCGGCUGCUCAUGUAUUCCUUUGUCAAUGACAAAUUCAUGCCCCCAGAUGACCCUCUUGGUCGUCACGGCCCCAGUUUAGACAACUUCCUGCGGAAAAGACAUGUCAUGCCUGAGCAGAAGAAACAGCCUUGCCCCUAUGGAAAAAAGUGCACUUACGGCCACAAAUGUAAGUACUACCACCCGGAGAGAGGUGCUCAGCCUCAGCGGGCCGUGGCUGAUGAGCUGCGUGCCAUUGCCAAAACCUGUGUCACCACAAAAAACCAGGGGGACACUGGGCUAGUGAAGAGCCACAGUGUGCCAGCUGGCAGCCUUGAUGCUAAAAAAGGCGCCCAGAAAAGGCAGUCAGACCCUAGCAUCCGAGCUCUGUCGUACAGCGACGCUGAGGAGAAGUUGGCCAGAGGGAGGGCGGAGAGCCAGAGGAGCGGUCUGUGUGGCAGCAGCAGUAGCAGUGGGAGUGUAACCAUGUCUACGGCUCCAGGGGGCCCUCCCUCCAGUUUCAGCCUUCCCCAGGAGCAGCAGUCCAGAUCUGUGACUCCUCAUAGUCUCCCAGCCCCGAGCCACGACCUCUACCCUCACUGUGAAUCUCCAGACUUGAGCUACUACUCGGUGACUCGCGCUUACUCCGGAUUGAGCCUCUCCUCCAGACGCAGCCCGGACUGUCGCUUCCCCAACGACACAGACUUGCGACUGGGCUCGAUGGGCUCCGCCGGCUCCGAGUGCGGCAGCGAAAGCAGCGUGAGUUGCGGCAGCAGCUGCGACUCGUACAGCGAGAGGCCGUGUCCUGCAUGCCCCGCAGACACGUUACUGGAAGACAACGCCCAUUUUGCUAACCCUCACAGCAGAUUGUAUCCCCAUCAUGCCGCGUCAAACCACGAGCUGUGCGGCCUUCAUCCUGCAGACUACGCAAACAUCCAGCACGGCUACCACCUGGCCCGCGGGCAGAGCUGUGCUCACGACCAGCCUCCACCCGAGGCUCCCCCAAAGCGCCCUCUCUACCCGCUGCCUCCUCACCUCCAGCACCAGCCGCUGACCGCUCGCUCAAGCUGCCCGGGCGACUACCACUCAUUGCCCCAGGCCAACCCUCACUCCCCCGGCUCUCCUCUGGGACGCUGCCUGGCUCCGACGCGAGGAGAAAGCGUGUCAGACUCACAUCUGUAUGAACACCACUCUACAUCGCACCAUCACCACCGGACAAAAGCGUUGCCGGGCUGGGAUUCGUACUAUAGGCAGCCUCCGCUACCGCCGUCCAGGUACGAGCCGUCAGCCUAUCAGAGCCUGCCGGACACCCGCCAAUCAUCAUGGCACGCCCCUCCCUGGGCACAGGAAGGCUACACCCAGCACCACUCCUCCCACCCAGCACUCCAUCCAUCCUCCACACAUUACUUGAGCCACCCGCCGCCUCCAGCCCACUCUCCUCACCCUCCUCAUCCAUCCAGCUCUCCUCUCCCGCCGUACCCGCCUCACCUAACAAUGCCCUCCCACGCUACUUCCUCCUACAUGCCGCAGCAUCCAGACUCCCCUGCACACAGCCGCUACGGAGACAUGAGGGAGAAGGUGUACGUCAACCUGUGCAACAUCUUCCCCUCGGAGCUGGUGAGCCGGGUGAUGGCCAGGAGCCCCCACAUCACAGACCCCCAGCAGCUGGCAGCCGCUAUACUUGCAGAGAAAGCCCAAACAGGCUACUGAAAAAUGUGAUUUCUCUUUAGAAUCAGUUUGGUAGUCACAAAAACUGUGGGUGGUAUGCUUCGGUAUGCCUUUGCAACGCUUGAAAGCACGUCGGGUUUGCGUGGUGGAAUUUGAUGUGUUUUUGGAUUGUCUGCAAGGAGAGUUUCUUUUCUUACUGGUCACUCAACUUUGACAACUGUGGGGAGAAAUGUAUGAAAUUGUGAUGACCCAGUAAGAAGUUUUACGUAUAACGAGCUUAUCAUAUGAGUCUUUUCAACUACGAGUAAUAUGAAGGCCCGGUUUUGUUUUGGAGGGACUACACACAUGCAUAAUGUGCAUUGUAGACCCUCGAGAGUUAAGUCACAAAUAUUUUAACGUGAUUUUCAUUUGUUUUGUGAAAAUCCACAUCUGUUACUCCACGGUCAGAUGAGUUUCAAACAACUCUCUGACCACGGUCUGUGUAUAAUAUGAAUAUCUUUGUGUGUGUUGUGCAGCCUCUUGAGGGGCUUUUUUCAUGUUGGUAUAAAAAAUGGGUGAAAGCUGGUUGUCUUAUUUGAGAUAACGUCAGUAUUUGGUCAGAGUUGUAGCUGUAGAGAUGGGUGACCCUGUCGUGUGUACCUUAGUUUUAGUAAGGGACAUCUCUCUUUCUCUCUAUCUGUCUCUCUCUAUCUCUCUGGCCCUUUAAUUUGGGUCAACUCUGGUAUCUGCUACAGACCGAAGAACAUCCGGACAUCAGUGAAUCAAACAUGUAAAUAUAUUUAACAGACUCCCCUUGCUGUGUUUUUGGCUAAGAGCGUCUGCUGUUGUCUGUAGCAGAUCCCAGCUGAAUCCAUGCUAGACGGAGAAAACCUUGUUUGAUACAAAUUGUAUCAUUACCUAAGUCGCUGAUGUUAUAUACAGUACAUGGACCUGUUGAUCCGUAUCUAUCAAACACUCGUGAUGUAUUGCUAUACGAUGAAAUGCAUUGACAAAAGCUUUGUUCCAUUCGAGAUGAUCCAACUUUGAAUCUUGUGGAAGUUGCCUUGAGACAAUUAUUUCAAAUAUGUUUUGAAACAAAAGAAGUUGUCUGCCUACUAUGUUUAGGUUUCACAACUUCUUCUUUAUCCAAGUUUUUUGGGUUUGAAGCUGGCUUAUUUUCUACAGGAGCUCCAAGGAACUCACAUGUAAGAAUUAUGUUUUGGUUAACUGGCCCAUUAGAAAACCAGAAGUCACCUAGUGUGUUAUUUCACCGGGAGGUUGGGGUCGGUUCAUUUGAAGCUUUUUUUUUUGUUGCCUUUUGUUUAGGCCAGGAUGUGCAGAUCCUUUAAAUAACUGUGUAGAAUGCUUGAAAUAGUAGGGAUGUUUUUUCAUUAACUUAUCUAUUAAAUUAAAAGUGGACAGACCCCAGCCCUGUUUAAUUAGUCACAUUUUUUUAUAUUGCAGUCAGUCCCAGAUCCCAUGGCGGCCAUUCUGCAAGUCUGUAACACUCUGCUUCUUCCUGAGUAUUUGGAAAUUUAUAAAAAACAAUUUUGCCUCCACAAAAAAGACGAGGUCUUCAUUAAAAACAAAAGUCAGUAAAGCGAUGUUAAGAACAACAACAUCACCGUAUGGCAGUAAAAGGAAGAUGCUAACACUGCUACACACACAGGAGGUUACCUGAGCCCUUACUAAGCUGAUGCUAACAUUCACUUUGUGAAUACACACCUGACACACUUGAAAGGGAAAUUCGGAUGCACGUUGUACUUGUGCUCGUCGGACGUUAUAUUCUGAAUGUAGCAGAAGCCUAUAAAGUUGUUCUUGAAGUUCAAAAUGGCCGCCAAGGAAUUGAAGAAUACAGAGUGAGCUCGUCAUACAGUUCUUCGAGAGCCAGCUUCAUGAAGCUCACUGGUCUCUUUCCUGUCUAACGUGUCAGAUGGUGCAAAUGAUGAAUAAUUGUACAACGACAUGUGCUGUUGAUGAGAGAGAACUUUUGUGUGUAUUGAAGAAGCGCCUUCUCUCCGGCCUCCUGGCACUGUGUGUCAGUGUGGCCCCUGAGCGUGGGCCCAAAGUAAUGCCUCUUCGUGGCAUUGUGCUAAUGACACAUCCAAUUCUCUGAACUAUGUUCAGCUAACUGUUAUGCAUGUUUUGAUUUCUUUUUCGUGUCUGCAUGUUGUGUUUUAUUUUGUGUACAUACACAGUUGUGUUUCUCUCCAGGACGCUUUGUCUAUCUGUAUAUGUGACAUGAUUGUAGCUGUUGAGAUUAACUUAUACUCAAAUCUGGCUUGUUUUUUCCUGUAUCAGUUAGUAUGCAGAACAACAACCCCUUUGAAGUAAGAAAGUAAAAAACACAUCUGUUCCCAUCAGGCUUGACACUACUCCAAAGAAUUAGGAAGCAUGUUUUAAAUACAUCCCACUUCUCUCCAACAUCCUUUUCUUUGGAAGUGCACACUGCAAUAGAUAGUGAAAUUUGAAACCAUUGUGGUGAAUCUUCACUUUCAGAAGUAUCACAACACCGGCCACAAUCCUACAUCACAACAAUAAGAUGCCUGUUUUUAUUUAUAUUUGCAUUUUGCUAGUAGUAAAUGUAACUGAUUGAUUAUUGUAACAUUCUCAACUGUAACUGUGAUUGUAUAAUAAACAGAAUACUGCUGUAAAACA